CCGCCCGAUCCUGCCAGGCGCUCCAAUCGCUGGUAGAGAUCAUCGCUGGACCCAGGCGGUUGUGUCGAUCUCCGCUCCAACUGGAGACCGGGUUCGAACCAUGGCGGAGAAGGCUCAAAAGAGUGUGAAGAUUGCUCCUGGAGCAGUUGUAUGCGUAGAAAGUGAAAUUCGGGGUGAUGUAACCAUAGGACCUAGGACGGUGAUCCACCCCAAAGCACGCAUUAUUGCCGAAGCCGGGCCCAUCGUGAUCGGUGAAGGUAACCUCAUAGAGGAACAGGCGCUUAUCAUAAAUGCUUACCCUGAUAAUAUCACUCCUGAUGCUGAAGAUCCAGAACCGAAACCUAUGAUCAUUGGCACCAAUAAUGUGUUUGAAGUUGGCUGUUAUUCUCAGGCCAUGAAAAUGGGAGAUAAUAAUGUUAUUGAAUCAAAAGCAUAUGUGGGCAGAAACGUAAUAUUGACAAGUGGUUGCAUCAUUGGGGCUUGCUGCAACCUGAAUACGUAUGAAGUCAUCCCUGAGAAUACGGUGAUCUAUGGUGCAGACUGCCUUCGUCGGGCGCAGACUGAGCGGCCACAGCCCCAGACACUACAGCUGGAUUUCCUGAUGAAAAUCUUGCCAAACUACCACCACCUAAAGAAGACUAUGAAAGGAAGCUCAACUCCAGUUAAGAACUAAGAACAAUACAUGACAUCAAGAUAAGAGUUUGUCUUUGACCACUGUCUUUUGAAAGGGCCACACUGUUCAUGCACUCUUAGCAGUUCCCGGAAUAAUCCAUGUUGACUUUAUUUUGUAAAACUGAGUCAGAGAGGAAGGUAAUGGAUUUUCACUGUAACUGUCCUUUGUAAUUUAUAUAAAAUGCAUUAUUUUCUUAUAUCCUUUCUCCUGAGAAUUUACAGGUUUAGUUUAUUUUUCUUUUGUCAUAUAAAAUGUCGGCUAUGGAUUUUAAUUGUAUAAAAGACUCCCCAUGAUAAGGAAGGACAUAUUGCUUUGUAUUUAUAUUCUAGCAUAUAUUGUACUAAAUAAAAAUGCUAAUGGCAGGA